CUUGCUUUGUUUCGUACUUGAUGUGAAGCCGGACGGUUGUGCUCGCUGCUCCGCCACUUAAAAAAAAAAAUCAAACACCCCCCGCUAAAACAUACAUGAUAAUAUUUCUUAAUUCAUUACUUCACAGUCUCUCAUUAUACGCACGUUUCGUAACUUGACAAGUAUUUAUUUAUUUAUUAAAUUGUUUUUAUUUUUCAACAAUUGUUUUAUUUUUUUUGUUUUUUUUUUUUUAUAAAUGACUUAAUAAAAGUGUUACUCAGUAUUAAACCAAAAAAAAAACGCGCUUGUUAUUCGUUGUAACAUAAUUUUUUUUUUUACAAAAACUUAAAUUUUGUAAAUGUUUAAAUUUUAAGGACUGUGAUAAGCAUGGCGGGAGACAACCAACAUUUUUGUCUGCGCUGGAACAACCACCAAAGCACGUUGAUCAGCGUUUUCGACACGUUGCUGGAGAGCGGCACGUUAGUCGAUUGCACGUUGGCGGCCGAAGGACAAUACCUUAAGGCCCACAAAGUCGUUUUGUCAGCAUGCAGCCCAUACCUAGAGCUAUUAUUAAGCCAACAUUAUGAAAAGCAUCCAAUCGUCAUACUUAAGGACGUUAAGUUCCAAGAACUAAAAAGUAUGAUGGAUUACAUGUAUAGGGGGGAAGUCAACAUUUCCCAAGACCAGUUAAGUACGUUCCUGAAAGCUGCAGAAUCCCUGCAGAUCAAGGGUCUGACUGAUGGUGGUGGCAACGAAGACAGCACAGCCUCUUCAGCACCGGUCAAGGCACCUGUUGCCACUCCGGCUAGGAAACCAAUUCAACAGUCUAUCACACGUGGUCCAUCUACUGUAGCACAGGGUUUAACGAUAGAGAGGAGGCCAGAAAGUCCACACAUCAGGUCUCGUGAUGAUAGUGCCUCACCUACUAGAAAACGCAGGCGCAACCAGCGCAGGCCGUCAACAAGUGACGAUCCUGACAGUCAUAUUGAUACAAGCAACUCCUGUGAUGUACCGCCCCUUCAGUCCGGAGCCCUAAGCGGCGUCGGUGUUCCUAACAUUCCUGCCACCAUAACCAAAGGUGCGCCGUUGGAUGACGGUGAUCAUGAGACUGAUAACAGCCGCAUCAACAACCACGAUGCAUCAGCUGCUGAUGGUGUGGCAGGACCAAAGAUCGAACCGACUGGUGAACUGAUUGAACCUAAGACUGAGUAUUUGGAAGAAAUGAACAACGAAGACAGUAUAGAAGACUUGACAUUGGAUGAUGAUGAUGAUAUGGACAAUAGUAUGGACAUGUCAAGAGCUGGACCAUCGCAUGACAACUCAAACCAAAGUUUUAAUCAAUGGCCAAUGUCUGGAAACCAAACCACGGAUGAAGUAUUUAUGAAUGCACAAGAAGCAGUUGGAGCUCACAGGGAUACUCAAGAUGAAAUGUACCAAACAGACAUUCAUUCAUUAUAUCGUUAUUUUUGUCCAAAUAAAUGUGGACGCUCAUACAAAAGAAAAAAUGGACUUACUCAACAUUUAAAUUAUGAGUGUGGUAUUGAACCGAAGUUUAAAUGUUUUUUGUGUGAAAAAAAAUGUGCCCAAAAAUCUACUUUGAAAAUACACAUGAUAAAAGUUCAUAAAAUAACAAGACAAAAUAUGCAGUGGUGAUAAUUAUUUUCUUAUGUAAAAGCUGAGUUAAAUUUAAAUACCUAGGUACUUGCAUAUUUUUGAAUGUUAUAAAAUAAUUUUAACAUAUAGGAUAUACAGUUUAAAUUUAAGUCUAAUAUUGUAAUUUUUUAUUGAACAAUAAUUUUAACAGUUUGACAAUAAAUUGUAUUAAAAGAAUCGCACGUAUUUUAUGUGUCACUCAAUACCAAAGUAAUUACUAAUUAUUAGUAGAAAUAAAUCGAUUUUAUGUUACCAUAAAAAUUAUUGUUCCUAUAAUUAUUACCAUUAUAAAUUAUACAUUUUAGUAGUUUAUUAUUGGCAAUUGUAUUUUAGGAAAGCAUAAUUUAUUAAAUAUUAUUAAUACUGCGUUAUUAAUUAUUAUAUAGAUACUAAAGUAGGUAUAUUGAAUGAUAUAUAAGAAAAAAAUGUCUUAUCAUAGAUUAUAUUAAUACAAUAAAGUCAAUGCUUCUAUUGCAUACCCAUAUUUUUGAACUUUGAGUAGAACUGAGUUCGCAAGCACAUUUUUGAAUCAGGGUUUAUAAAUAUUAUGUAAUUAUUUUACAUAAUUUCCAAAGAACUACUUAUUUUUAAAAUAAUAACUAUAAACGCCUAGGUUUUUCCAAAUUCUUCUAUUGCAUUUUCAAUAAAUUUACAUAUUACAAUAGAUUUUCUAUAAGUAUCCAGAGUAUCCUACAUGACUUUGUAGCAGUAGAAAAAAUAUUUAUUAUUUCUAUUGUCAUAUAAUUCAAUAAAUAUAGUUCUUCGUAUUUAAGUAUUAUUUACACUAUGCCCUAUGCGUCCUGUAUAUAAUGGCCUAAUAAAUAUCUUGAAGGCGUCAAUAUGCACAGUUAUGUUUAAAGAUUAUAAUAAUCUUAUUAUAAUAAUAUGUAAGCCACUUACAAUUAUCUCUGAGAUACGUUAAAUUUGAUGGCAUGUAGAGUGAUGCGUUUUAAAUCCAAAUUGAUGUUUCAGGAUGAUUUGUAUGAAUGAUUUUAGUCUAUUGAGCAGUAUUCUUUCGUAUAGUUUUGAUAAUGAAGGAAGAAGGCUAAUUGGUCUGUAACUUGAUGGAGAGUGGGCCAGUUUCCCUGGUUUAUGUAUUGGGAUUAUGAUGGUGUGUUUCCAGGAUGACGGAAAUGUUCCGAGACGCAUGGCUGAAUUGUAAAGGCUAGCUAGAUAGGAUAGUACUUUGGGUGUUACGUUUUUUAAGAUUUUAUUGGUGAUUAGGUCGUGGCCUAGGCUUUUUUUAUUUGCUAAUUUGACAAUUAUUUGUUGUAUUUCAAUAAGAUGUAGGGGAAAUACUGUCAUUUGGAUCGACAUUGGUACAUUUGGUAGGUGGUAAAUAUCAGGGUGCAUGGCGUUUUGAUCGUUGUAAACAGUAUCUUCAUCUACGGAGUUGAAACAGGAUGCGAAAUGGUUUGCGAGGACUUCGGUCUUUUCGGCGUUUGUUUCGAAUUUGGCUGGUCCGUUUUUCAGAAGGGGAAUUACGUUAUGUUGUUUAAGUAAACGUUUGGUGGCUAGCCAGAGACUCGAGUUUACAAUAAUAACACAUACAAUGUUGUCGUAGUAUUUGAUAUUUAUUCUUCGUCUGCGGGCCGCCAUUUAGUGACCCAUAGUCUAUACACUAUACCUAUCUUUGUUAAAUUUAUUUUUAUAUAAAUGAUAAAAAGGUACAAAUGUUAUGAACUAUAGCCUAUAGGUAAAAUGUAAGAACUUAAUAUAAUUUUAAGACAUCAACACUAUGGAUAUAAGUGUAAAUUGGUUAAAUUUGUUGAGGGGGAGGCUUCAACCUUUAAAUAUCGAAGAAAAUCUACGAAGUGGAAAACCUCAUACUCACCUGUAAUAAUGUUUAACUAAGUACGAAAUAUCUACUUAUUUCUUAAUUUUAAUACCCCUAAAUUAUAGCAACAGUUUUUGUGCAAUUGUAAAUUUUUUCCUCUUCACAUUUUUUAAUUUUUGUCAGUAAUAUUUACGAUUCAUAAUAGUUUGAUAUUAUAUAUUAUAUAGUUUUAUAUUUUUUUUGUAUAUUACUGCAUAUUUAAUAUAAAUUCUUAAUGGUGUAUAAUGUAUAUAUGUAUACAUAAAUAUUAUAUCAUUUAUAUCAUUAUAUAUAUAUUUAUUUUUUUUGUUUUUAUUGAAAAUUUACUAUCUGUAUUCGAUAACAUAAUAAGUAAAAAAGAUGACUAACAUAACACAUAUGUAAUAUAUAUAUAAAAAAAACAACACAUGAAGCACACGAUGAGGGGAAUCAUCCAGCGAUGGUACCCUCUGGUAAUUUUGUUUUAAUUUAUAUUAAUUUAAUAGGUCACGGGCGUCACGGCACCAGUUCCUUUUGAGGCGGCGUGGAGGGUUGUGAGGAAGAGUACGUGAUGAUAGGGGGGGCCCAUAAAGGAUUGGGAUGGUGUUACAGGUUAGAAUGAAAUGUUUUAUAGUAUAAUUUGGCUAGUUGGUCAACUGUUGCAAUUUUUAAAUCAUUAUGUAGGGAUUUAUUUGUUACGUACGAGGGGGCCGAGGCUAUUAGCCGAAGAGUGAUGGACUGGGAGGCUUGGAUGGUGGGACUUGGGAUGGUUUGGCACAUCCCCAGAAUAAGCAUACCAUACUCCCAAAUGGGUCUGAGUAGAGACUUGUAUAGUGUAGAUUUUGUAUGAAUUGAGUGUUUAGAUUUGAGAAGUGAUUUAAGCAGAUGAAGGCGGUUAUUGAGGAUUAUACGUUUGGACUUUAUAUCUAUUUAUUAGGUACCUAAAUGUUUUAAUAAAAAUAUCCAACAUGAAAUUUAACUAUUUUAACUGAUACAUAAUAUAUAACAUAUUGUGUUUUUUUAUAUUUAUAUUCAGCUAGGGUGUGCCGUGAGGAUUUACCCAUUAUGAUAUCUCCUGAAAUAAUGAAGAUAUCAUAGUUCUGGUUUUUAAUAAGAUUCACAGGGACAAGAACUACAACAUUUCAUUUUUUAAAUUUAUUAUAAUGUUUUGGUAAAAAAGUUAAAAUAUAUAUUUUUUUAUUAAUUAUUUUCAAAAAUAUUGAAGAUAGUCAUUUUGUAGAGUUCAUUUUUCUGAAAAUAUUGGACUUUCAACAUUUUAAUUUUAUUAAUCUCCUGAUUUUUAAUAUUUUUUCUAGUUUCAAAAAAAAACUGCGAAUUAUUUACGAGCACGUGAGCCAUAUGUUUAAUACAAUGAUAGGUACCAUUAUCGAAUUAAAUAAUUCACAGUUUUUUUUACCGUCUAGAUUUCAAAUUGACGGCCCUUAUUAAGUUCUGAGAAUUCGUCAACACAAAUCGAUAUGAAUAUAAAAUACUGUAGGAUCUUUACAUCAUGUCAUUCGAUUUCUAGCUUAAUAAUUAAUUCAGGUUCCACUUGGCCACCUAAAUACACAUUUUGACAUCAAAAAUAUUGUAUUGAUAAUAAAUUAUUUCCAAUUACCAAUACAUUAUUAUUUAUUUAUUUAUUACUAAUAGCUAAUAGUAAUAAUUAUAUAAAAAUAAAUUUAAUAUUACUUUUGGCUAUACUGUUUUUCACCCACGUGCUCGAUAACAAGUAAUACUAUCACAUCCCAGAACAAUAAUAAUAGUAAUAAUAAUAACAAUAAACAAUUUUAUUAUCAUCAAUAUAAUAUUAUCUACUUACUUAGUAGAAUGAUACUAUGAUAGUGUAGUUAGUAGUUGUUCUUGGUGUUCGUUGUACUGUUCGUAGUUAAUAGUUUAAUAUUUUACUUCUUACUACUGACUUCUAGUCUAUACUCAGUCUAUUAUUAUUAUUAUUAUUAUUAUAUUUUGUAUUAUUACUUGUUAUUUUAAAUUUAAAUUUUUGAAGAAAUGUGAAUGAUAUUAUACAUUUUAAUUCCGCUAUACAAGUACACUAUCUCACAAAUGCUGAUUUAAAAAUCCAAGUCAACUGUCAAACAAUGUUUCAUUUUAUACAUUAAUGUUUUUUGUUAUGAAAUAUCAUAGUGAUUUUAAUUAAUACAGUGUUCACUUCACAAUAAUACAUCGAAGUCAAAUUAUUAAUAAGGACUUUUUUUACUUAAUCAAUGUUCUAAUUUAAUAUUAUAUUUUGAAUUGUGGUGUUACGAACUAUCUAUUUCAAUAGAUUUUAAAAUAUUUACAAAUUAA